UCCCCAGCAGCUCAGUCCUGCCGUGAGUCCAUAGCUAAGCACCAGGAGCUGAGCACUGUUCGCUGUGCCUGGCUGCAAGUCUCCGACAUGGCCCAGGAGAAAAUGGAGCUGGACUUUGAGCGUGGCACAUCUAAUGGGGGCACCCUGAGGAGAUCCAGCAGCGCUCCCCUGAUUCAGGGGCUCAGUGACCUUUCACAGGGUUUUCAGCCUUACGCACUUAGAACUCGGUGGAAUAGUACAACGAGUAUGAGCAGUCACAGCCUGGUGAGUAUAGAAUUGCUGUCAUCCUCAUCUAAUGGGAUUUCUAGUAGCAGACUGCAUCAAAUCAAAAAGGAGGAAGGCACGGAUAUCAUGAACAGAGAAACUGCCCAUGAAAGGGAAGUACAAGCGGCAAUGCAGAUAAGCCAGUCAUGGGAUGAGAGCUUGAGCCUGAGUGAUAGUGAUUUUGACAAGCCAGAGAAAUUAUAUUCUCCUAAAAGGAUUGACUUCACUCCAGUUUCUCCAGCACCAUCACCCACCAGAGGACUUGGAAAGCAAUGUUUUUCACCUUCCUUACAAAUGUCGAGCAGCAGUGGGCUACCACCAAGUCCCACUCCUAGUCCGAGACACUUAUCCAGCAGGAGGAGUCAGAGCCCAGUCAAAUGCAUUCGACCCAGUGCUCUUGGUCCUCUUAAAAGAAAAGCUCAAAUGGAGCUUCCAUUUCCAGAUAAAGAACUUCAAAACCAAGGUGAAAUGGAGUCCGAAAGCCAGCCUAAGAGGCUCUUCCAAGGCACUACCAAUAUGCUGCCUCCGGAAAAUGCACACUUGUCUGAUCUCAGUUCAUGGUAAAAAAUGAAAUAAAAUCAAAAGGAUAUUAGGGUGGUGUUAUCAAGGAGAAGAAAUCCCUGCCUUGACCAGAUGUGUGGAGCACCUACAAAUGAAUGAAUAAUGUUAUUUACCCACUAACUACUGUCUAGAAAGCAUACAUGAAGCUUGACAGCUUGCCCUGUGUGGUAUUAUGAGGCCUGAGAUGCCUUGGGGUAAAGAUGUAUAUCAUAAGGUACCUAGAAAAGGGGGCUUUAUGUGACUGCCACAUGCUGUUUUGAUUGCUGCUUUUUUCUGAUUACUUUUGUGACAUUAAAUUCUUUUGUUUUGUUGUGUGAUGAGUGGUGCUGCUGACUGUGUUUUGGUCAUUGUGUUGCCACCAGAAUCAGAAUCCAGUUCUUUUUCAUGCUGCCUUAUAGCAAGGCAAUUUAAUAUCUAUGUGGAGUAGGAACUGAAAAAAAUCAAUGUUAUUGUGAACUCUGCUUUUAAGAAGCUGUUUGAGCUGUGAACAUUGUACAUGAUAGUCUGAGAUACCAGAAGUUAAUUUUUAAAAGGUAAAUCCUGAAUGGAGCUAUUUUAAAAACCUGAAUGUAGUCUAUUGUUAUGUUAUUUAUUAUUUAAAAUUGUGUAAAAAUGUCUGUCAUGAUAGAUUUCUUUUAAUGUUCAUAUAUCGUGGGUGGAUAGUCUGUAUUUAAUAUGCAAAUUUGCCUGCUAGGAUCAUAGUAUUCCAUUUUUGAAUGUAUGUAAGAAACGAAAACUACUGCACUUCUGUGUUUUGAAGGCAAAGAUCCUUGAAUCUUGAAGGAAGAUGUUGCACUUUGCAGGUACUCGCUGACUAGUAAUACUGUAUAGCUUGAAGGGAAACAUAUUCUCUUUGAAUUGUAAGAGAGCAUCACUUAGCUAGCAAUAAGUAGUUUUGUUACAGCAUCAGAUGCGUUGUUUAUUUUAAAUAGUAAUAACCACCAUUAAUGGCUUUAUUUCUCAUAUUGCUUUCACCUGUGCAAAGGCCAUAAUCCUUCAAACCUAACAUAAAUGUGUAUAUUAUGAAGAUUGUUCUCUAGUAUGCCAUUUUAAAGAAACAUUAUUUCUAUGGUAUUCAGUGUAUUUAUUCUGUUUGUGAAAGAACCAUAUUAAGAUGUUUCUUCCUAUAUAAUAUUGAGCGAUGGUUUUAUCUUACAGGAUACUUAUCCACAUUCACUCUACUGUCUUUUUGCCUUAAAGGGACACUUUUGGCCAUUUAGUGGCUCUAAUUUAGAACUCUUAAGAAAUAACCUUUGGAAUGUGAUGAUAUUUAUUUUUCAAAUUCAGUGGUGGGGUAGAAUUAGGGCAGGAAAAUGAAAUUGUUCCAAUGGUAUGAGAACUUGGAAGCAAGAUGGUUAACUUUAUUGUUUAAAUGGACUAGAAAGUUAAGUUUCUGCAGGGAUUGUUUUGAGAUAAAUAAAAGGUAGAGAUGCUAAUCUUCAGAUUAGCUUGGUUAAGAGUACCCCUUUAUUUUUAUAUAAAAUUUAAUAUUUGAAAAGUGAUCAUUGCUAUAAAUUAAAAUUAUCUCUUCCUAUUCUAUAUUAUAUCAUAUUUCAGGCUUCUAUUUGAAAAUAAAUACAAGAGAUGAUAUGGUAAGAAAAUCCUAUAGGUGAUGUUCUUUUUGCUUGACUGACUUAUGUAAUCAUUGUAUUUCAUGAUAACUGCUUUUGGAAUAAUGGGAAAUUUUGUGAAAUGCUGACCUUGUGUAUAUCUUAAAAUGCAAAUUUAAUAAAGUGUGUACACAUGCAUAAAAUUC